AUGUCCGACUCCCAAGACGAUUCAGACGGCACAGAGAGCUGCCUCGCUCCGCUUAACUGUGCCGACGAUGCAUCAGCCUACGCUGUCAAGGCUUGGGAAUGCAUGGAUCUUCCUUGGAGUGGUUCAGAUUCCCCAGAGAAGAUUCUUACAGUCAUUCAAACCAUCAUCUUGAUUGUGAGUACCGAAGUACCAGCUGGUCUUUGUACUCAGGCUCAUAUGAAGCUUGGCUUUGCCGUUCGCCUGGCACAGAACAACAAACUGAACAUGGAACCUGACGCUUCAACACCAGUUGCAGACCGUGAAGAACGCAGACGAACAUUUUGGUCAUUAUUUCUUAUAGACAAGUUGAUCAGUCUUUCUCGUGGUCGAUUUUGCGCCAUCAGGGAUGAAGAGUGCCGGGUUUCUCACUAUGCGUUGCAUGACACCAAGACUCCCCAAGUUGCCUGGUCUUCUACGUCUCCCUACGCCACUCUAUCUUCUACUCUUCUCCAGGCCGAGCAUUAUUUUGCGAUGGACGAAGAUACUAUGGAGAGUCUCAAAAAGCGGUGUACUGUUAACGGUGCCCUUGAACAAAACCUCGCGGGGUCGUUCAUUUUCGCCAAGGCCAUCUUUCACCUGACACAUGCCAAGAGUAUCACUGAACUAAUGGAGAUGAAAAACCAGAAUGUUCUGGUGUUGACAUCGAUGUAUGGGUAUUGUAUCAUGAUCGCGGGAACGAUUCAUGCUCUUUCGAUGAACGACGAAAGAGAAAAUGUCAGGAAGGAGAGCAAGGAGCAUUAUCGUGCUUCGAUUGAAUCUCUGCAAGAUUUAUCGCGCUAUUGGGCUCAUGCAGCGCUGAUGGUCAAACGGCUAGAGAGAUUCCACCACCAGUGCGAGACUCGUGGUCAAGAACUAUCACCAUGUAAUUCGAAUGUGGAACGGCCGCCUGGAGAUGUCAAAGCACUGUGGCAGAGCGUCGACUACACGUCGUUGUCAACCCCGACAAGACCUGGAAGUCCAACAUCGGCAGCGCACAUUACGGGUCAGGAAGAUUGGGCGCUAUCUGGAGAUAUGUUUGACUUUACUGGCUUUGGUGGGUUUGCUGAGGGUGUGGAUAUAUUUAGUAUCUCUCUUGUUGAUGGCGAUAUGAUGUUGGAUGGCGAGAUGCCAGUAAUAGGUGCUUGA